CCCCCCGCCCCCCCGCCCCUCGCCUUCCACCCAGUCAACCAGCUCCCUCCCCCACACAAGCAGCACUCAUCCAUCCCUAGUCGUUCGACGCCUCACAGCGGGGGUCGUGGGGGACGAGCCCAAAGGAUGUCGCGCACGUUGAUGGUGGGCGCUUUGGUGCUCGAUAGAAACGAAGGAGACGCCGAGUUGGAGUGGGAACCAUGUUCGGUUAUUAUGUGCAGCCACAAGUGAACACAUUCAUCACUUUGAGACUGCUUCACGUCAAUCGGAGCCGCAUAAUGGAUGCAGCCUGCAAGAUCGAUACUGGAGAGUUGCAUGUUUGUGUGCCUUGGGAGUCUAUUGUUUUAAAUGCUUUAUAUUAAAACCUAAGAACCUCACCGAGAACUUCUGUGGCCAUGACGUAUUUCAAAGAUGUGAUGAAGCUGCGCGGGGUUGCAUAAAAUUUAUCAACUUCCAAGCCGAGUUCCAACCUGGUCAGCCCCAUUUGGACUCCCGUCCGUCUUCCUGUGAGUGCAAACCCAGCCAUGGCCGAAGAGAGUGAUGUGACCCGGCAGUUGGAGAGCGUCGAGAGGAGCAUGAUGUUCCUCAGGCAGGAGCACCUCACUUUGCUUCACGGGCUCCACAUGGAGAUUCUUGCCCUGCAGAGGCGAUGCUCAGAGUUGACAAAUGAUCUGAAGGUGAAACCUCCGGGUCGAAGCCAAAUAGAAAUACAAGAGGAAGAGGAGCUCCUGGAGGCCCGCUGCAGGGGUGUCGAAGACCGUCUGUGUGAGCAGGAGUGCACUAUUGGAGAAAUUCGCAAGGAACUGCUCCACAAGGGCGCGUUGGUGGGAGCCCUUCGAGCCAAUCUGAAAGAAAAAGAGCGUCACUUCCUUGAAGAGCUCAAACGACGCAGCCACUGCUCCACCAUCUUAAACACCGAGCUUCAGAAACAAACCGAGGCAGCAGCGUACCUUUCCUUUCAGCUUCACGCUGCCAAGCAGAAGCUGCAUCACCAGCGGCUGCAGCAGAGGCAUGCACUCCUGACCAGAGCUUCCCAUCAGGGCCCCCCGCAAUAUGACAGCGAGCACAUCUCGCCCCAGCAGUCGCUGCCAGGAGCCUCCAACUCUUCUCCUGGGGUUAAACCGAAGCGCAAGAGCGCUAGAGCCUGCUCUCGAAUGGAGCGCGCCCGGGAAUGUGUUCCCAUUGAGAAAGUGACGGGUCCUGCGGAGCCUGCAGCCAUGCCAGACCCUGCCCUCUUCCUUCACCCCUGGAGGCUCCGAGUACGCACCAGGCAAACGGGAACACACAGAUCGCUUCCGCUCAGGGUUGAGGACGAAGUGGGUCAGCAAGGGCCUGUGGUCCCUCAAGAAGAUGCAGCCAGGCUGGUGUCUGCAACCACAGCGCCCCCUGGUGCUGAGGCACAGGCAGAUUAGCAAAUAUUUAUCUUUUUUUGCUUCUGUUAACACUUUUGUUAUGCCGCCCCUUGACCGAAUAACACUGGGUUAAUAACGAAUAACGUCGACCUGCGGUGGGCAAAGUAUGGCUCUGGGGCCACAUAUGGCCGACUAUGUUUUUUAAUCCAGCCCAACAAGCAUUUACCUUAUUAAAAUUGGUUAAUAAGAAUGUGUUUUUCCUUUUACAUUUUUUUAGUCAUUGAAUUAAAUAAUGGGUUAAUUCAUUUAUUUUAAAUGAUGAAAUAUGCGGCAGCACGGUGAUCGACUGGUUAAGACGUCUGCCUCACAGUGUGGAGGUGCAGGUUUCGAUUCCGGCUCUACUGCCCGAAGACAGAUGGGAUAGGCUCCUGCCCCUGCACGACCUUCGUGAGUAUAGGCGGAUUACAAAAUGGAUGGAUGAUGAAAUUUGCAACAUAUUUAAAGAAAAUAUUUUUAUUCAUUUUUCGAAACAUUCAGUUAAUAAAAUUGUAAUAUAUAUAUAUAAA